AUGCGAAGAGGCAGAGUAGUGCCGCCGUCGGUGAACAAUGGAUCGGAGACGGAAAUUAGAUUUAGAGGAGUGCGGAAGAGACCGUGGGGUAAGUUUGCUGCGGAGAUUAGAGAUCCGUGGAGGAAAGCUAGGGUGGUUUGGCUUGUCACUUCCGCUGAGGAGGCUGCCCGUGCCUAUGAUAACGCUGCUCGGAGCCUUCAAGGAGCUAAAGCGAAGACGAAUUUCCCCUCAACUGUUACUACCAAGUUUCUAGAUGAUCAUCAUCUGCUGUUUCAUCAUCAUUUAUACAACCAUAUGUACAAUCGUACUCGUUCGUAUCAACAACCGAAGCACCAUAUUGUCGUCCUACAAAGGCCGUCUUGUAGCGGUAUGAGUAGUACCUUGGAGUCCUGUAUUUGUCCCAUGCCUAUGACUGCAGACGUCGUGUGUCCCCGGAGACAUCAUCCCCGGCCGGCUCCUUUAUUGCCAUAUGACAGCGGUUGCGAUUCGUCUAAUUCGGUGGUGGUUGAUGGAGGUGACAUUGGAGAUAUCGCUUCUUCUUCGUCGAGGAAGCAUUUCCUACAGUUCGAUUUGAAUAUACAACCCCCACUGAAUGAGAUUGAAUUCCCCGCCGAAGAUGACCUUAUCUACACAACUCUUCGACUUUGA